CCGCCUUCCUCCAUCCAUACACCCAUCACAUACACCCAGCUUUCCCACCACUUCUCAUUCUCUUAGUUAUCCCCUAGCUUCCGUACGUUUUUGAAAAUGGCAUUAGUUUCAUCGUCGUCCCCGGUCUUCUCCGUCCGGCGGCGGGAGGCGGAGCUGGUGGCGCCGGCAAGACCGACUCCGCGAGAACUGAAGCUGCUCUCGGACAUAGACGACCAAGAAGGGCUGCGGAUGCAGAUUCCCGUGAUCAUGUUUUACCGGAACGAUCCUCUGCUGAUGGAGGGAAGAGACCCGGCGAUGGUGAUAAGGGAGGCGGUGGCGGCUGCGCUGGUGUUUUACUACCCGUUUGCGGGGAGGCUAGUGGAAGGGCCUAACCGAAAGCUGGCGGUGGAUUGCACCGGUGAAGGCGUGGUGUUCACGGAGGCCGAUGCGGAUGUGACGGUUGAGGAUCUGGGGGAUGCGGUGGCGCCGCCGUGUCCCAACCUGCCGGAGCUUCUGUUUAAUGUUCCUGGCUCCGAUGGCAUCCUUGGCUGCCCCCUCCUAUUGAUUCAGGUCACGAGAUUGAUGUGCGGUGGAUUUAUUUUUGCAAUUCGCUUCAAUCACACAAUGUGCGAUGGACCCGGGUUGGUCCAGUUCUUGAACGCGGUUGGGGAAAUGGCACGGGGCGGUGACGUCCCGUCCCCUCUGCCCGGUUGGCAGCGAGACAUCUUCAAUGCUCGCGACCCACUGGACGUGACCUGCAUGCACCAUGAAUACGAGGAGGCCUACACAGGCCCACCAAAAAACACGGGCUCCAAAAAGAUGGCCCAAAGGCCCUUCUUUUUCGGCCCAAAACAGAUCCAAGCCCUUAAGGGCCAACUCCCACCCCACCUCCAAGGCUCCACCACGUUCGAGGUGGUGACUGCCUGUCUUUGGAAGUGCCGCACGUCAGCGCUCGCGCUUCGCCCCGAUGAGACCAUUCGCAUUUCGUUCGCCAUCAAUGCACGUGGCAAGCAUGUGGUGCCUCUGCCUAGUGGGUUCUACGGCAAUGCAUUCGUGUACCCAGCUCAAGUUUCCAAGGCCCAGUCGCUGUGCGAAGGUUCUCUGGGCUUUGCAGUGGAGAUGGUUAAAAAGGUCAAGGCCCAAAUGAGCGAGGAGUACAUGAGAUCAGUGGCAGAUUUUAUGGUGAUGAAAGGGCGACCAUUGUACAAGGCGGAAGGGACCUACAUUAUAUCAGACACAACACGUGUCGGGUUUGGAGAGGUGGAUUUUGGGUGGGGGAAGCCGGUGCAUGCUGGGAUUGCCGCAGGGUAUUAUAUAUAUACCUUCCUCGUGAGGUUUAGAAAUUCAACAGGGGAGGAAGGGAUUGUUGUACCAGUGCGCUUGCCAUCGCAAGCAAUGGAAAGGUUCGAGGGCGAGAUAAAGAAAAUGAUUGAGGAACCUAUUAAGGAUUUAUCCAAUGUAAUUAAAGAUGCUUGAAAGUUGAAAAUGGCUAAGGAGCUCAGAUACUUGACAAUGGCAAGGUUUAUAUAUAUAUAUAUAUAUAUAUAUAUAUAUAUCCUGAGUCACUUCUAUCUCAAAAAGACAGUGAAAGUUCACUAUGUAUUUAUUCGUGACGGGUUGAAUACAAAAUUCGAAAGAUUUAUUA